CGCAGCAUAAGUAUAUGCUUAACAGUUUCCUUAGAACCGUUCACGUAGUCAGUCAACUUAUAUAUAUAUGACAUAAAUAUGAAUUCUUUUAUUGAAUACUCGCCGGAUUGUGAAUUUCCUAUUGAAAAUCUUCCAUAUGGAGUUUUUUCUACUACAGAUUGCCCUCAAAAACGAAUAGGGGUAGCUAUUGGAGAUCAAAUUUUAGAUUUAUACGCAAUAGCUAAUUAUUUCACUGGACCACUUUUGGAGAAAAAACAAAAUGUCUUCCGUCAAGAUAGUCUCAAUGAAUUUAUGGCUCUUGGAAGAUCAUCCUGGAUAGAAGCAAGAAAUACAUUGCAACGUUUAUUAUCAGCUGAAAAUUCAACUUUACAAGAUCCACAAAUUAGAGCAAAAUCAUUUGUACCUCAAGAAAAAGCAACAAUGCAUUUACCUGCUAAGAUUGGUGAUUACACUGAUUUUUAUUCAUCCAUUCAUCAUGCAACAAAUGUUGGAAUUAUGUUUCGAGGAAAAGAGAAUGCCCUUAUGCCAAACUGGAAAUAUCUUCCUGUCGGUUACCACGGUAGAGCAAGUUCAAUUGUGAUUUCCGGUACUCCAAUCUAUCGUCCAUAUGGACAGACUGUUCCAGUUGAAGGAACACCGCCUGUUUAUGGACCUUCAAGACUUUUAGACUUCGAAUUAGAAGUAGCCUUCUUUGUUGGAGGACCAUCAACAAAAUUAGGAGAAAGUAUUCCUGCAUCCGAGGCUUAUGAUCACAUAUUUGGAAUGGUUGUGAUGAAUGACUGGAGUGCACGCGAUAUUCAAAAAUGGGAAUACGUUCCACUUGGACCAUUUGGAGCUAAAAAUUUUGGAACAACAAUUUCUCCCUGGAUUGUAACAAUGGAGGCACUUGAACCGUUUAAGGUGCCAAAUGUACCACAAGAACCUCAACCAUUUUCAUAUCUUCAACAUAAUUAUUCUUGUAAUUUCGAUAUUAAACUUGAAGUUCAUAUACAACCACAAAACGGAUCUUUUACAACUGUUUCACGAAGUAAUUAUAAAUUUAUGUAUUGGACACCAGCACAACAAUUGGCACAUCACACCGUAACUGGAUGCAAUGUAAAUCCAGGGGAUUUGUUGGCCUCUGGAACAAUAAGUGGAGACACUCCUGAUUCAUACGGAAGUAUGCUUGAAUUGAGUUGGAAAGGUACUCAACCAAUAAAAAUGCAAGAUGGAACAACAAGAAAAUUUCUUCAAGACGGCGAUGAAGUUAUUAUGCACGGUUACUGCGUUGGCGAUAAAUUCCGUAUUGGUUUUGGUUCAUGUAAAGGAAAACUAUUGCCGGCAAAAACAAAAUAAAAAUACUCACCACUGCAUUAUAUCUUUGUAUAAUUCAAAUAAAUAUUAUGUCUUUACAAAAA